AGAAGAUAAAAUAGUUCAGGCAGAUUGACUUAGAAUCACAUCAGCUGCAUCUCAGAAUUACUUUCUGAAAACUACAUUAGGCUUCUGCCGUGCUGUAUAUUCUCCCAAUACUCUGCUAAGUGGGCUAAUCUGAAAAUGCUCUACAUUUUAUAGAAGGAAGGGUUAAAGGAGAAAGAACUAGCGGCACCAGAACUGGGAGAGGAACCGAAAGGAACGAGGUUGGUGCCGUUGAACCUCCGUCUAUAUCCAAGACACCAAGGUAAGGGAGCAUCACAGAGGAUCACCGGAGACUCAUUCAUUGGGAUGGAAGAGCGCUGGGAAACGCAAUGGCAGCACUUCCUCCGGACGCUGCAACCCUCCUACUCCAGAGGGGGGAGCCCAGGAAGAUUGGUGAAUUCUCCCUGGGAAGACCCCAAGGCCUUCCUGGCCUCCUUUGAGCAGGUGGCCACAGCCUGCCGCUGGCCCAGGGGAGAGUGGGCGGCCCGUCUCCUGCCGGCCCUGAGCGGAGAAGCUGAAGCGGCCUUUCGGAGCCUGGACACAAUUCAUCAAGGGGAUUACAAGAACGUGAAGGCCGCCAUCUUGAAAGGGGAAGCUGUGAAAAUGGAGGCGCAGCGUCAACGUUUCAGGCAGUUCUGCUGCCAGGAGGUGGAUGAUCCUCGGAAGGUUUACAGGCAAAUCCAGGAGCUUUGCCACCAGUGGCUGAAGCCGGAGAGACGCACCAAGGAGCAGAUCCUGGAGCUCUUGAUCUUAGAGCAGUUCCUGGCCAGCCUGCCUCCAAAGCUUCAGGGCUGGGUUCAACCAAGGAGGCCGGACACGUGUCCCCAGGCGGUGGCCCUGGUGGAGGAGUUCCUGCGGAGCCAGCAAGGGUCCGAAUCAGAAGCAUGUCAGGGGCCACAAAAUGAAGAACUCACUGAUUUUGCACGGGCAGCGAAGGAGCCCUUAGAGGCUGUGAAGAGAGAAAACGUUGAAGUGGAGAUCAAAGUGCCAGGCAAGGGAACCAAAUCCCCAAAUCACACCAGCUCGUUGCUUCCUCUUGAAGGACCUGGAAUGGUCCAAACCGGGCUGAAAGAGGAACUUACGGACCUCAAAGAAACAGAUGUGCAUUUGCAGGCAGCCAAGCAGAGACUGACCUACCCAGCCCACCAGAGCAUGGCCUUUCAAGUCCUGCAGGAAGAGCAUCGAAACAUAGGUUGUUUGAAUAAGGAGGGUAACAAUAGGGUUAAAGUGGAGAAUUUUCAGGGUGGAGGAGAAGAUCCAGAGAAGAUAUGCAGGAGAGACCCCUUGGUAAGCCCUGGUAAUCUGCCAUUAAAAGUUGAAAUUGAGGAAGAAAGCUGUGAAUCCAACAAGCAGCAAUGGAAGCUGCCACUGGAGAGCGAGGAUACAUACAACUUGCUUGAAAAGGAUCUUACUGACGCUUUUACGGAAAAGACCAACAAGGGUAAAAUGUCCAUGUUCUCCCAGUACGAUAGAAGAUACCACUGUCAUGUGGAACUGAAUGCAAUCCCUUCUACAGAGAAAUUGGAGCAGUGUCCUCAGAGGUUUGAGGACAGCUACCAGCAUACUUCAAACUUGAAUCAAGAGGAGAAAAACAUAACUGAGAAAAGCUUUGAAAUCUCUGAGAAUGGAACAGGGAAUAACUUGAACCAUCUUGGAGAAACACGGAAUAGUUCUCCUGAAUAUGGGAAAACCUUUACUAACACAAACUCACUAAGCAGAUUUCCGGUGUGUAAUCCUGAAGAGGAAUGGUAUGAAUGUUCUCACUGUGGGAAGGGCUUCAACAAGGCAAAAUAUUGGAAGCAGCAUCAGAAAAUUCACACCGGGGAGAAACCGUACAAAUGUUCUCAGUGUGGGAAAUGCUUCAAUCAGUCAGGAAAUCUGAAGACUCACCAAAGAAUUCACACUGGGGAGAGACCCUACAAAUGCUCCCAGUGUGGGAAAUGCUUCAGCCACACCAACUGUUUGAAGAUGCAUCAGAGGAUUCAUACUGGGGAGACAUACAAAUGUUCUCAGUGUGGGAAAUGCUUCAGAGAGACAGGAAUUCUGAAGAGGCAUCAAAGAACUCAUACCAGAGAGAGGCCAUACAAAUGUUCCCAGUGUGGAAAAUGUUUCAGUCUGUCAGGAAUCCUGAAGAGGCAUCAAAGAACUCAUACUGGAGAGAGGCCCUACAAAUGUUCUCAGUGUGGGAAAGGCUUCAAUCAGAUGGGAACUUUGAAGAAGCACCAGCGCAUUCACACGGGAGAGAAGCCUUACAAAUGUUCUCACUGUCAGAAAUGCUUCAAUGAGAGAGGAAAUUUGAAGAGACAUCAGAGAAUCCAUGCUAGAGAGAGCCUUAAUAUCAUACAAGAAUUCAUACUGGAAAGUGACCAUAUAAAUGUUAUCAAGGUGGGAAAGACUUCUACAGGGCAAGAAGUCUAAGGACACAUCAACAAAAUUCAGGCUUGAGGGGCACCUUAAAGACAUUCUUACUAAGAAAUUUCUAGGAGAUGACUUGCAGUACCAGUAAAGAUGUCCACUUUCACCUAUAGGGAAACUUCCUAGCAGUGGGAAUAAAUUGUUUAAACGACUGGACCAACUAUCCAGAAUGGUGGUGGGCUCUUUUUCACUGAUGGGUUCCAGCAGCAGCUGGCAGAAUAUUGGUGAUGGAUCAUUUCAGUUUCGGUUCCUGCACAGAAGUGGGAUUGGAUUGAUGGCUGAUUUGGCUGUUUUCAGUGUUUCUGUGAUCACAUACAGGAGACACAUUAUAUAAAUAUCCUCAGAGAAAUAAAGGUUCAGUCAUGCAGCCGUGCUGAAGGGACAUCAUCCAUAGAAUCUGUACAGAAAGUGAAGAUUCAAAUACGUGAAAUCAAGUAAAUUUGGCAGCAUUUCUGUGCCACAAACUACAGAAUGUUUCUGUAGGCACCCCUUGUCUGGGUUGGUUCUGUUUCUCCAUCUUGCUCAAUAAAACCAACCCUUCAUUUUAUAUUAUUUGUAUAGACAUUUAUGAGAUAGGAAAUAAAUAAAAACUGUCUGGAUUCCCA